AUGAGGGGGAGGACGCCUUUGGUGACCACGAUCUGCAAGGCAUUACCUCCAACAACCGUCGGACUACAUGGCAGAAGAGACGGAGGAAGGGCAGAGGAUGGGUGGCUUUUGGGGAGAAGGAGAAUUGGAGUGAAGGGGAAGGGGAAGGGGAAGGAGAGAAAACCUCCGAAAUCUAAGAUCGGGAGAUGGAAAAAUCCCACGAGAGGGAGAAAUUCCUCCCCACCGGUCACCCAUUGGGGUAACUUGUGCAGUUACAUUAGCUCAGCUCAAACUUCACAGGGGAGAAGGGAAAUGUCGAGCUUUCUGCAAUUGGCAUCGAAUUCGGUUAUUGCAUAUACGUUUUGGCUCUCCUUUUUCAUCUUAUUUUCAGUUGUCUUCCUCCUCAAAAAAUGGGUAUUGAUCAAUAAUCCAAGUAGCACCGCAAAAAACCUACCACCAUCCCCUCCAAAGCUCCCCUUCAUUGGCAACCUUCACCAGCUACGCUUGUUGGCGCACCGUUCACUCCAAUCCUUGUCUCGAAAACACGGGCCCCUCAUGCUUCUUCAACUAGGCAGUGUUCCGGCGCUGGUAGUUUCGUCCGCAGAUGCAGCCAAGGAGAUAAUCAAAGUCCAUGAUCUCGCCCUGUCAAACAGGCCUAAACUGCGUGCGGCAAAGCGCCUACUCUACGAUUACAAGGACGUGUCUAUGGCUCCUUACGGGGAGCUGUGGAGACAUUUGAAAAGUAUUUACGUGCUGCAGCUUCUCAGUAACAAGAGGGUUCAGUCUUUUCGCAGAGUGAGAGAAGAAGAAACUGCUUUAAUGGUGGAGAAGAUCAGGGAGUUGAGUUCUGAGUCGAUGCCCGUGAAUCUAAGCGAGAUGUUUAUGGACCUUACGAAUGAUGUGGUAUGCAGAGUGGUUCUUGGGAAGAAGUAUGGAGAAGGAGAGAGUGGCGACAAGUUCAAGAUGCUGCUGAGGGAUUUUGUUACGUUAAUGGGUAGCUUGGAUAUCGGGGAUUUUGUUCCGUGGCUUGGUUGGGUGAAUUGGGUAACCGGAGUUGAUGCCAAAAUUGAUAGAGUUGCUAAAGGGUUUGAUGAGUUCCUGGAAGGGCUCGUCGAAGUGCGUUUGAAAUUGAGUAAUGAUGGUGGUGAUGAUGGUGAAGGAAACAAGAACUUUUUCGAUAUUUUGCUCCAAAUUUACAGGGGUAAUUCUGCUGGCAUUUCUAUUGACAGAGAUUGCAUCAAAGCUCAAAUAUUGAUUGCGUUUGCAGCUGGAAUGGAUACCACCUCCACAUUUCUGGAGUGGGCAAUGUCAGAACUAUUAAGGAAUCCUCGAGUCAUGAUAAAAGUGCAAAAUGAGGUGAGGGAGAUUCUUUCAAUAACUGGCAAGGCUGAGAUUGCUGAAGACGAUUUGGAACAUAUGCAAUACUUGAAAGCAGUGAUCAAAGAAGCUCUCCGUCUUCAUCCCUCAGGACCAUUACUGGUCCCACGUGAGGCAAGGGAAGAUAUCAGAGUAAUGGGUUAUGAUAUUACAGCUGGAACAAUGGUUAUCACCAAUGCUUGGGCAAUCGGAAGAGACCCUAGCACUUGGGAUGAACCAGACGAGUUUAGGCCUGAGAGGUUUCUGAAUUGUCCCAUAGACUUUAGAGGCCAUGACUUCCAAUUGAUUCCAUUUGGUGCUAGAAGGAGAGGUUGCCCAGGAAUCUCUUUCGCGACAGUAAUUGGUGAGCUUGUUCUUGCGAAUCUGUUGCACAAGUUCAAUUGGUCAUUGCCUGGUGGAGCCAAGCCGGAGGAUUUGGACAUGACCGAAUGCACUGGCGCUAUUGUCCACAGAGAAUUUCCUCUUCUUGCGAUUGCAACUCCAUGUUGACGGUUAGAGUAAUUCCCCUCAGUAAUUAUACAUGUUGGUGGAGCCAAGGCGGAGGGGGUGCCCCGUUACCCUUUUCUCCAUGAAUGUGAAUGAGCUUGCGUUGGCAAAUGUUGUGCACAUCUUUGAUUUGUCAUUGCCUAGUGGAGAGGAUUUGGACAUGAGUGAGGUCACUGGUUUAACUAUAUACAAGAAAACACCUCUAAUUGUUGUUGCAACUCCUUACUUUUGCUAGUGUCCGGAACUCUGCUAUGCUAUAAUUGCUAUUGUAGCUCUACAUGAAAAAUGUUGGUUUUGCUAUGCUAUGCUAUUGUAGCUCUGAAA